AUGAUAGUAUACAUUGAUACUUUGGAUGAUAUGUCCCGGUAUUACGUAAUAAUGAUACCCCCUCCAAAAAAAUCAGAUUCCGAAACACAUACUCCAUAUCCGAAAAAGAAACAAAUUUCCAUGAUAGCAAUACCUCUAGUGCGAAGAGACCCAAUCGGUGAACCAAAUGACUUUGUACUCCCCAUAAUUUUGAUAGCAAUCGCUGUAUUCGUUGCCUUGGUCGGCUUGUGCUUCAGACUUCGUACGAGUCCUCAGGAGGAAGCCAAAGAAGUUAUUGUUCCCGCCAAUGAAGCUUUUGGGAGAGCUGAUAAUCGUGUUCAGAAUGCAGUCUGCUGA